UUCAUAGAGAUCACCCAGUCAGAGUGUUUGUGUUUGUUCUGGCAAGCAGCCCUACCACAGGGACAGCUCCCAGAAGCCAAUCAAGGUUAUCUGUCUGCCCGUCUACUCAGGACAUCUGUAGAUCUCCUACCUUGCAUGAUAUAUCGGAAGAUACAUUUGAAAAAACAACUCCUGUCAUGGUGCUGAGCCCUGUUAGUAAAGAACCUGUUAAAAAACAAGUGAAGCGAAGGGUUAGACGGAGGAAGGAAGUGGAGGAAAGUGAUGAGUGUGCAGAAAAGCAAAGCAAAGAGAAAGAUGGCAGGUUGCACCUCAAAACUACAAAUUCAAGAUGGAAUGUUGUACGGAAGGCGUCGUCUGAUUCUUCAACUUCAGAUGAAAAUCAUUGGGCCGUGAUUAGAAAGAGAGAGAGGGCCAAAAUGCCCAAAAGAAUGAGAAGGCGAAGUACUUCUAAUUCUCGGCCGGAUGGAUAUUCCAGUAAGAAUGCCAUUGAACUUGUUCCUAUGGGUACAGAGGGAGAGAAGAAACAAGAGCAGAAAACUGAGCCUGGCGACCACACACUAAGUCACCGCAGGAGAAAGACUUCCAGAUGGAAAGAGACCUGCCCUUCACUAUCUUCUGUGGUCUCUGUGGAGGCAAAGAGCUCUUGCAGACAAUGCAGAAUACAACAGGGCAAGUGCAGCCACAAGGAUCCAAAGCCUUCGUCAUACAUUAGCCAAGGCAAAGCAAUCCAGGAGGAGAGUGGUUCAGAGAAAGGCUCAGGCAGCGAUGCUUUGACUGUGCCAGAGAAUGGAGUACCUGCUGGGACAAGGCCUGCUGUGACCAACGCAGUUCAGAAACCUCCUGUGUUUUAUGAUGACUUGUCUGAUGAUUUCGAAGUGUGCAGGAUCUGUCACUGUGAGGGAGAUGACGAAAGCCCCCUCAUCACACCAUGUCGCUGUACAGGGACCUUACGUUUUGUUCAUCAAGCCUGCCUGCAUCAGUGGAUUAAGAGCUCAGACACACGUUGUUGUGAACUCUGCAAGUAUGACUUUAUAAUGGAGACCAAGCUCAAACCUCUUCAAAAGUGGGAAAAACUACAGAUGACAACAAGUGAGAGAAGAAAAAUAGUCUGCUCAGUCACCUUCCACAUUAUUGCAAUUACCUGCGUAGUUUGGUCACUGUAUGUACUAAUAGAUCGGACUGCUGAGGAAAUUAAGCAAGGCAAUGACAACGGUGUCCUAGAGUGGCCAUUUUGGACAAAAUUAGUUGUGGUGGCCAUUGGGUUCACUGGUGGUCUCGUCUUCAUGUAUGUACAGUGCAAAGUCUAUAUUCAGUUGUGGCGAAGGCUGAAGGCCUACAAUCGCGUGAUCUUUGUUCAGAACUGCCCAGAUACUGCCAAAAAACUUGAGGAGAAAAAUUCCUCUUCCUUGCAGAACACUGAAAUCAAAGACAGUGUGGUGGUGCCAGUAACACAGACAAGCACAAACUCUCAGCAAUCUGGAGAAGAAACUGCUUCUGACACUAUGCCAGUUUGAUGGAAGUGGCAUUUUCUUUUCCCCAGUGAAGAAUAAAGGAGCGUGCUUUCUACUGUCCAGCCACACUAGAAUGGCAGAACCGCAAAGUGUUUUUGGUGAAGAGCAAGGAAAAAAAACAAGGAAAAUUGAUCAAGAGAAGAUACACAUUACCUCUGGAAUGUAACUGUGAAGCAAUUUCUCACCUGUCUUGCUAAGCAUAAUCAAAAGUGGCAAAGAAGAAAAUACGACAAAUGACAACUUCUAAUGGGCAAGCAAAUAUAGCAGCACCACUUUUGAUGGCUGAAAAACCCCGCACUUGCAGAUGUACUGCCAGUGUUCUGUUUACAAGGGGAAAAAACCCUUAUAUGUAUUUGCUACUAUGGUCUUUUUGCUAAUGAUUGUAAUCUUGGGGGGAGGGAGGGUACCUUAAAGCAAAUUUUUAAAGAUCCACAUUAAACUUUAAAAUCAUGUAACAUACAUACAGCAAAGCACAAAUUAUCUAAGCUUCACAAUCUGGUGGUUUUAUAUUCUGAGGUGGCUAAUGGAGUCCUUAUAGCAUGUAUAGUUUGGAAGCGAUGAAAAACAAAAACUUUUCCAAAAAGUAAAACUGAAAUUUAUUUUUAAAUUGAGUUACUGUACAUGAGGUAAAAUAUUUCCCUUAGUCCCCAGUAGAAAUAGGUAAGAAAAACCCUCCCCCAAGAUUUUCUUUCAAGGUAUACUAGUGACCCAGAGCAACAAUUUGGUUGCUUCUCAUCCUUCAAAGGAGAAUGAAGUAAAGAACUAAGAUUUAACAGAGUAUCCUUGCCACCUCUAAAAUGGUUGUGCUGAAGGAAAGAUAAUAUGUUCUAUAAUCAGAUGUAUUAUAGACCAGAGAAGUACUUUAGUUCAAGGCAAAAGAUUUUCAGUACUCAUUUAUUAGUGUAUGAAAUAUGCAAAGAAAGGAAGAUUAAUAUGUAUUCUUUUGUUGUAAGAGAUCAGGAUAGAACAAACUCAGAAGCUGUUAGAGCAUUCUUGAAAUAAUUUAGGCAGUAUUACAACAAUGCCAGUAUCUCUCCAGUGUUCAUGUAAUGAAAAAAUACAUAUGCUAUCUUCUAUACAGGAAAACAGCUUAAGGUAUUUUCUAUACAGGAUAAAGGCUUAAGGGUUGAAUAGUCAGUUUACUAUUAUGGUUUUAGCAGAUAAAUGUAAAACUGAAAUGUGAUUAAAUAAGACAAGGAAGAUACAUAUCACAAUAAUGAUAUUCCCAGUAGGAUAUCGAAAAUGAAAAAAAGAAUGUUGGCAGCCCAUUUCAGAAGGCAACACAAUUGAAUUCUCUAAACAGUAAGAAGUUUCUCCUUUAUUCCACUGUUAAUGCUUGUUGAAUGUAUCGUGAGUUGUGCCCCAGUAAUGUGAUUUAUACAAGAACAGUGUUACUAAUAAGGAGGGGGACUUGUGAAGGCAAAAUGCAGUGGCUUAAGUAAUUUUACAAGAAUACUACUAUUCCAUGCUUGAAACUUUAAAAGAUGCAGUAAUCCGUUGAGCCAGAAGAUUCAGAAAAUAAGUAUGACAAUUCUGUAAAAAUUAGAUUGCACAAUGAUACCAGUAGGUGGCAUAAUUUAUUGCAAUGCUGGAUUCAUGGCUUGGUUGAUGCAAGAUGAUGAAUUUGGCAACAACUGCAGUGUCAGGGAUCCUUCUUAUGUAGAAGCUGCAUAAUUGACCUGUCAAAGAACUGUUCAUAUAAAAAGAGAAAAUGCACUUUUAACAUUAAAAUGCUGUGUUGGAAUUACAAUCCCAAGGCAUUUCUGGGGUUUCAGUCACAUGUUUCAACUCAGAUGAUAGGCCAGAACAAACCAAAAUGUAGGCUCACAAUCCGAAACCAAUUUCAAACUGGUUAGUUUACAUCCUUCCUGUUUUGAGACACAGAUCUGGAUCUAAUCUAGUUCAUCCUACCUGACUAUAAACAUUUGAGACAAUGCCACUGAUGUGCAUAAAUAUCUUUGGUUUAAAUACGAUUGUAGAUGUAAUAAGUUGAAUAAUGCAAGAUAACAGUAGAGUAUAAAUUGGCUAAUAUAUUCUGCUAAUGUAAUUGCAGACUCAGGCAAUUGAGUUCCCAAAUUAAAAUUUUUGCAAUCUUUCUACAAUGAAUCCAUAUAACAGGGCUUGUAUGUUUCAGACUGCAGGUCCUAUGUAUAUGGCAAUGCUAGAAGGUUCCAACUAAAUGCUUGUCCAAAUUUCCAUUAAGUCUUGGAUUCACCUUGGUAUGACAGUAAAUCAAUGUGUUUUGAGGGAAAUUGGUCUCUAUCAUCCAAACCUAUGAGUCAAAAGGAGCUUACAGAACAAGCAUAUCAGACCAUAUUUUCAAGAUGAGUGGUGAUUUUGGUUUCAUUACUGAGAUGCUGAGAAAAGUAUUCAACAUGCUGUUUCUGAAACUCAAUGCAGGCAGCUGAAGGAGCUAUGAAGAAAUACUUUAAAAAAACAUAACUGUCACUUAGAAAUUGCAGUGCUUCUCUUCUUCAGUCCCUGUUAUAUAUGGACUACUUUUAGAAAUUAAAGAUGAUAUAUCAAAGAAGAUUUUUACAUGGUGGAGUAAGAUAUCCCCUAAGAAAGCAACAAGGGGGCAAAUUUAACACAUAAGGUAGUUAAAAUAUCAAAAUAAUUGCCCCAAAAUAAUUGUCUGUGGGGGAGACAUUCCUUUUGUUAGCUUUAUGAGCUUAUUUAAGCAGUCCUCUGGUGCUACCGCUACAGCUGGAAAGCAGUCAACAGUGUGUUUCGGAAAUGUGUACCUAAGUACAUACAUCCUUUACCAAAAUUAGUUGUCCAAUUCUGAAUCUUGCACUGCAAUGCAAUCUAUGAUGCAAAUACUUUACCGUGUAUAAUUGUCAAACUUACAAAUUUGUUACUUGUUUUACCCAGUUCUCUUUUGCAAAAGAGCUUAGAUGCUUUUGUGGGUGACUUGUGUAUUAAAAAGGUAUUUGGGGUGGGGGAAAACUUAAUAUAAUUACUAAUUGUUGUGGAACAAAUUUGUAUUUGUAUUAAACAGAUGCCUCAAAGAUAGCAGUAAGUUAUUUGCUUUUGAAAUGCAGUAAAUGUUAUAGAUAUCCUACAGGAAGUGGCAAGCUUUCAAUAGGUGGGGGCCCUUCAUUUAUAUAAUGGUCUUAGUCCAGCAGUGACUUCUAAGGUUGUAUUAAAGCUCAGCUUCAGCAAUGCUCCCUGAACAAAUUAUAUUUCCAUGCAACUGAAGAGUUUCUGGCAGCACAUAACUAAUCUCUAAGUGGAUUUCUCUGAGCAGUGGUCUGAUCUUGUAAGCCCAAAAGAGCAACAUUCCUGUACAUUUGUUUCUCUCCUCCUUCCCUUGCAUGCUAGCUUCAGCAUUUUCAUCCUGGCCUAAAAAUAAAUCAUACUUUCAUGUCAGUUUACUAAUAAGAAUCACAUUAGUUUCAAAUAGAGAUGGGCAUGAUCCUGAGUCGUCAGAUCAUGCCGGAUCGUUGUACCAGCACCAUAGGUGCUGCUCAUUCCCUUCCCCCCCUCCCCAGCCAGGUUCCCCCACUUACAAGGCAGUGCACAUUCUUCUUCAGACAUUUGAACAGUCGUGGCAGGAGCACAGAUUUCCCUUCUCCGCCUCCUUCUGCAGCUGGCCACUCAGAUACUGUGCAGCAGCAAUCCCUGCCCCAAUUCCUUGUCUCCUAGCCAAAAUCCUAUUGCCGAUUGACACAUGCAAAAGGGAAAUAGUGUAAGUCCUGAUGGCAAUUUGCUGCUUACUAAUGAGAUGCUAUUGGUGUUCCUGACUGCACCCAACUGCAUCACUGGGCACACACACAAGGAUGGGAAAAGCAUCUAAUUAACGAAUGUAAAUUGCUAUUUAAGUGAUUUUCCUUAUGCAAGCAUAAAUCAGUAACAGGAUUCUGGCUACUAAUUUUGAACAUAACAGCUUAGCUGCUGAAACUUGCAGAUAUAUCAAUGUUACUUUCAACAGCAGCUUUUAGGUCCCAUAAAAAGGGGAGAAUUUUAUUUUAACUUGUUAGUUUAACUUGGUAUUCCUUAUUUUUACU